UCAGUGGGGACAUGUACACUGAUCAUCAGGGCACUGAUGAUCAGUGUAGCCCCAGCAGUACCACCUGUCAGUGUCCAUUAAUGCCACCUGCCAGUGCCCAGCAGUGCCACAUCAAUGCCACACAUCAGUGCCUACCAGUGCACAUCAAUGUCAAAUAUCAGUGCCCAUCUGAGCUGCCUUUCAGUGCCACCUAUCAGUGCCAGUCAGUGCCACCUAUCAAUGCCAGUCAACAAUGCCACCUAUCAGUGCACAUCAUUGCUGCCUAUCAGUGCCCGUCAGUGCUGCCUAUCAGUGCCACCUAACAGUGCCAGUCAGUGCCACCUAACAGUGCCAAUCAGUGCCGCCUAUCAGUGCCAGUCAGUGCCGCCUAUCAG